AUGUCCUGCGAUUACGACGUCAAUUUUGACCAAGCUUGCUACUUUGACCAACAGAAAGAAAAGCUCCAAGUCCAUGCCAACUCCCUUGCAACCAUCUUACGGAAAGUAAAUAUCAAAACCGGGUUAGCGGAAGGUACUACACGUCGUAAGGUGGAAGAGAUGAUGCGGGAUAUUGCAGAAACAAUUGUCUGGAUAGAUGACGUUCAUUCGUAUGCAAUGCUAGGUGGGCUGGAGCUUCAAUCAGCGUAUGAGGAGAGACGCCUAUUCUUCACCGGAGGCAGUCGAGUCUGA